GGAUGCUUAACAGUUGCAUAACCCAACAGAACCAUUCCUCCAAUGGCACAGUGCCAGACUCCUCAGAGAAGCUCCACGCUGUUCUGAUAAUCCUGUACAUCAUCAACCUGGCUGGUGGCACCCUCGGGGUCAUCAUGAUGUCCCAACAGCUGUUCCAGAGGAGAUCACAGUCUGUGAUGACCAUGAUCAUCACCAGCCUCCUGGUGCUGCACAGCUUCAUGCUCCUCAGCAUCCCCUUCCGCCUCAGCUACUACAUUUUGGGGGAGUGGAAAUUCGGGAGGUUUGCAUGCCGGCUGGCGAGCGCCAUCAUCUACCUGCACAUGUACGCCACCUUCGCCUUCUACGUGGCCAUCGUCACAGCCCGCCUGCUCCGCCUGGAGCUCCGGAGGUGCUGCACCGCGGCCUGGGUGGGGGCUGUCUGGCUGCUGGGAGCGCUGGUGAUCACCCCUGUUCUCCUCUCCUACUACGGCACCUCCAAGAUGUACCGCCCCUCCGAGUGCUUCCAGUUCCACAGGGAGCUGCGGGAGGCUCACAUGGUGAUCGCCAACUACUGCCUGGCUGGGAUCUUGGUGGCAGUGUGUGCCGUGCUCACCGGAAUCCAGCUGGCUGUGAUCUACAGAGCAGCUCUGAAAUACUGGCCUGACAUUAACUCUCGCGUGGAAUUCAGGGCUCAGGCAAAGAGUUUCUUCUUCAUCCUGGUAACAUUAGUCUGCUUUAUGCCUCAUCAUGUAUUCAGAGUGUAUUAUAUCCAAAACUACAACCUCGAUAAAGACCAUAAGCUACUCCUAUACAAUGAGGUUUUUUUAGCUUUAGCAACAAUGUGCUGCCUGGAUAUGUUGUGCUUCAUAGCAGGAAUAGCCCACAGAACUGUGAACCAGGAAGUCCAGCUGCAGUGUGUCAAUACUGGCUUUUGAGAGAAAUAAAACUGUUGGGAUUUUCCUGAGCUAGGAAGACUGGUGAGUUUAUGGAUGUCUCUAUAGGUCUACAGCAUUGUUUGGCUUUUGCAGGCCAGUAAGAUUCCUCUUUCACAAGCUACUCUUUUUUAUUUUAUCUCUACAAGGCAGACCCACUUGAGUCUUACUCAAAUCUUGACCUAAGUGCCAUGCCCUGAAGCUUCAUUGAGAUUGUCCUCAGCUGUCCUUCUCUAGAAA